AUGCAGGGGCCUGGGCAUCUUGGAGCUCGGGGCCCACGACCCGGAGCGCAGCAGCUGUCUGGCCGGACCAAGGCGCGCACCAAUGCGCCGCGCCAAAGGGCUUGGGCCCCCAAGACCAAGACCGGCUGCAUCACUUGUCGACGGCGCCGUGUCAAAUGUGACGAGAUCAAGCCAGCUUGCAUGCGCUGCGCCUCAGGUGGGAGGGUCUGUGAGGGCUAUGACGGGCGGCCACGAGAUCAUCCGGCUUCGCCGCCGUUGGGCUCAGCUCCCCAUGAGGCUUCGUCCCGCGCAAUAGGCUCAGCGCCGUCGUUGUUCUUGGCCCAGCGGCCUCGCACCACGCUCGGUCCCGUCGGUGUCAAGGUCAACCUGUCCGACAUGACCAUGUUUGACGCACUCCGCUUCCAGAUCGUGGAAGUAGUCGCCGGCAGCUUCGACCACGCCUUCUGGGCCAUUGACGUGCUGCGGGCGUGCCAGGUCCAGCCAGCCAUCUGGCACGCGAGCCUGGCUCUCACGGCGCUGCAUCAGUCGCAGCGGUACCACGCCGUCGAUACGUUCCGCAGAGCGCGGCACGAGAGACUGUCCAUGACGCACUCGACGGCCGUCAUCCAGCACGUCAUUGCGCUGACCCGUCGGAGGCAGCUCUGCCGUGCCGAGCGAGAGACGCUCCUAUUGGCCAGUCUGCUCCUGACGGCGCUCAGUACCAUACAGGGUGACCUGCCGCAGGCGGUCAUGCACGCCGGCAACUGCAUUCAGCUGUUCCAUCAGUGGCGGCUCUGGGAGCAUCACCGAUCGUCGGCGACAAGUUGUGGCAGCAUGCUCAAUGCUGAUUCCAUCGGCGCCAUAAUAGCGCACUUGGAGAUGCAGCUGCUUAGUCGGCUGAAGCACAUCAACGUUCCGCCUUGGGGGUCGCCCGGCUCUCCGCCCAGAUGCACCGAUAUCUCGUUUGACUCUUCCACAGACGCCUACCACGAAUUUCAACCGCUGUUUACCUCGCUAAUUGGUAUGUGGCAAUACGCAGAUUGGCCUAAAGCCAACGUGUACGUCGGAGAAGUGGCUUUUGACGAGUUCUUGCCCGUGUGCAAGGAUCUCGUGGUGGACGCCAGAGAGUUGUUGGAGGUCGUUCGUAAUGGCGCAAACGCAACCGCAGAUAGAAAUGCGCCGCCUGCCUUUUCGUUUACCAUGUCGGUAGUGGAGGGUCUGUUCUGGGCUGGCCACGGCUGCCGCGACCCAUUUACUCGCCGGGACAUUCUGCAAAUUAUAAAGGUUUGGCCCCGUCGCGAGGGUAUCUGGGAUAACGCGCUCAUGGCGGCCAUGCUGGAAACAUCCAUCACACUGGAAGAAAAUGCGUGGCGCUCCACUCCACGCGACCCUACCCGCUCGAACAAAUCGAUUGGAACCACGAUGCGCUUUGCCACGCUCCUGGGUGCGCUUUGCGCUGCUACGCUGGCCACGGCCACGCCGCGCACCGCCCAUAUCUACGUCCAGCCCGUACAAGGCGGCGGCAAGCCGACUCCCCUCGCCGAAUUCGCGUACGACGUCGCCGCGCCAUCCACUGCCGAGGUGCUCACUUACGAGGCACCCGACCUACCCGACGGUACGUCGACAGUCCGAGUGGGCGUCUACGACGUGGCAACCAAGAAGUGGUCCUCAGGGACAACGGUGGCCUCAGUCGACAACUUCAGCAAAGGAUUCGCGCCCAACUUCUUGGUCUCGGUGGACGCCAGCGGUGCGGUGGUCAGCGCAACGCUCAAGGGUGUCCAGAUCGAUGCCGGCCACACGCGCGACUUCGGUCCCCAGGUCGUGCUGCUCCCCGAGGCGCGCGGGACGCAGCCUGCGCUUAACAAGCCCGUGGUGUUGAACCCAGAGGGAAAACGCGAGGAGCCGCAGGAGAAGACGCUGCUACAAAAGUACUGGUGGGUGCUUGCGAUUGUGGCAUUUAUUGCUGUGAGCGGCGGCGGGGACAAAUAG